AUGGACCCCAGUCGCCGAAAUAUGAUAAACAAUGGCGGGCCUUCGAGAAGUCGCGACGGCACCUCGCCGAGAUACGACUCGCACAAUCGCGUAUCGAAAUCAUCGCGACCGGCACCUUCCCAAUCAGCCAGCAAGACGGCGGCAAGCUACGUCUCGAGCGAGGAGCAGGCGCGCCAGUUUGUCGCCGACGAAGACAAAUUUGUCUUGCGACAGUCGAAAAAAAAGGCCGAUAUUCGGGUUCGUGAGAACAGAGCGAAGCCUAUUGACUAUCUGGCGUUUAGCCUCCGAUACAUUGAUGAGGAGCGCGACGUCUUCGACGACGAAGAAGGCGAUGAUGAUAUAGAUGUACCCGAGCCAGCGGAUGUUGUUCAAAGCCUUUCAUUGGAAGGUCUGAAGGAAUUGGAAGCGGAUAUAAAAACCUACCACGUGCUGGAAACGGAAUCUCGGAAUAGGGAAUAUUGGGAGGCAUUGCGCUCGCUAUGCAAGUCGCAGAAAGCAAGGCUUGACCCCUCGAAGCACGAUAGGCGUGUGGUUAGCAGCGUGGACGAUGACAUCAACAAGAUCCUGGCGCCAAAAACCUACGAGCAGCUGGGCUUGCUGGAGACGCAAAUAAAGACCAAGCUACGAUCUGACGAGGACAUUGACAUAGACUACUGGGAGCAACUUUUGCAGAGUCUACUCGUUUGGAAGGCCAAGGCCGUCUUGGCAAGAACUGUUGAGAAGAUUACCAAGAAAAAACUCGAGCGAAAGGGCCAAUCUUGCGGCAAGAAGAGCAUCGAUACGGGAACGGCACAAGCACAGACACAAGCACUGUCCAGUCAGGCGGCGAACGUGGCACCCUUAGAACAAAGCGGCAACGCAGAUGCCUCACAGGCUACACAAACACUCUACGAUAGGGAGGCUGCCCGGGGCGUUUCAGAAAAUGAGGAGGUCUUUGCUGCGGAGGAGGAGUUGCCAGGCACAUCGAAGCCGCAGUGGGCUGGAGAGCACCAGGUACGCAAGCCAAGAUACUUCAAUCGCGUGCAGAUGGGCUACGAGUGGAACAAGUACAACCAAACGCACUAUGACCACGACAAUCCGCCACCCAAGGUUGUGCAGGGCUACAAGUUCAACAUUUUCUACCCCGACGUCAUAGACAAAACCAAGGCACCGACGUUCAAGAUUAUUCGGGAGCACGGCAGGAGGCGGGGUGAGUCCUUUGCGGCCGCAGGCGAGGAAGAUACGUGCUUAAUCCGCUUCAUUGCGGGACCGCCGUAUGAAGAUAUUGCCUUUCGGAUUGUGGAUCGUGAGUGGGAUUAUAGCGCCAAACGGGACCGUGGGUUCAAGAGUUCUUUCGACAAGGGCAUUUUGCAGCUGCAUUUUCAGUUCAAAAAGAUCUUCUACCGAAAAUAA